AUGACAGCUGAGCUGCGCCACCGUGCCGUGCGCAUCUACCAACCUACUAGGAACACCAUGCAGAGCGGCUCCGGGAAGAGUGAGCGUUGGCGGAUAGACUGGGAGAUUCUACAGGGUGCCGGCAGAUGGGAGAACCCACUCAUGGGCUAUGCCAGCUCUGCCGAUUACAUGCAGGGAACCCGCAUAUCCUUCCGCACCAAGGAGGACGCUAUUCACUUUGCGACAAAACAAGGCUGGGACUACUAUGUCCAACAACCAACGGUCAAGAAGAUCCCUCCCAAGAAUUAUGCUGAGAACUUCGUCUACAAACCUAACCAGUUGCGUAUCAUGCGUACGAAGUAG